GUUGUUUGGACAGGGGACAGAGAGGUCAGGCAUGGACACACUACACAACUAUUAUAUAUCCUUUUUCUUUCCAUGUUUUCUCUUUUCCUUUUCAUAAAGCACUCUAAGCAACCAAACCAAACAAUACCUUGUUUAGAUUCUUCUUCUCCUCCUCCUUCUUGCUCUCAUUUUUUUUUUUUUAUAUAGGAAAAGAAAAAAAUUGUUUGGAGUAGAAUCUCUUGAGCCUUGGCAUGCACCAGCAUUAGCAAAAUCUUCUGUAUAUGUGGUCAGAUAUUGUGUUAAUUGUCUAAAAUACAAUCUGACCCAAUGACGAAGGUAAGUCCUGAAGUUGUAGCAGUUGAUAUGGAGGCAGUUCUUCCAGUAUCUGCUGAUGUGAGCUUUGUAACCAAUCACUUUCCGAAGUACAAACUAGGAGCUGAUAAUCAGAUUCUGGAAGAGCCAAAGGAAGACAACAAUGGUCCAUCCUUGAAGGAGGUUAUUGAAGAGGAAACCACUCAGCUGUCAGAGCAGCACAAACGUCUCUCAGUUCGUGAUCUUGCCUGUAAAUUUGACAAGAACUUGACAGCUGCUGCUAAGUUAUCUGAAGAGGCGAAACUUAGAGAAGUGGCCUCAUUGGAGGGACAUGUUCUAUUGAAGAAGCUUAGAGAUGCACUGGAGCAUCUAAGAGGUCGUAUGGCAGGGCGUAACAAAGAGGAUGUGGAGAAAGCUAUCUCUAUGGUUGAAGCUUUAGCUGUUAAGUUGACUCAAAAUGAGGGAGAAUUAAUUCAGGAGAAGUUCGAAGUGAAAAAGCUAGCAAACUUCCUAAAACAGGCUUCUGAAGAUGCUAAAAAGUUGGUUAACCAAGAAAAAUCUUUUGCUUGUGCUGAAAUUGAGAGUGCACGGGCUGUAGUCCAGAGAAUUGGAGAGGCACUCGACGAGCAAGCAAGAGUUUCACAAGCUUCUAAGGAUCAGGCUCCUGAUGUUGAGGGAUUAGUUGAGGAGGUUCAGGAAGCUAGAAGAAUCCAAUUAUUGCACCAGCCAAUCAAGGUGAUGGAGAUGGAACAUGAACUUCGUGCACUACGAACUCAAAUUAGGGAGAAAUUUAUAUUUUCAGUCAAGCUUCAGAAAGAGCUGGCAAUAAGCAAGAGGGCAGAGGAGAACAAAACUCGUUUAUAUGGUCUAGAUGGUGGAGGAAUCCUGGGUUCCUGUCUUAGAAUCCAGAUUUGCUCGGAUGACGCUCCACAGCUUUCAAAAUGUUCAAUCCAAUGGUGUCGUGUAUCUCUAGAAUGCAGCAGAGAUGAAGUUAUCUUAGGUGCCGAUAAAGCAAUGUACGCUCCUGAACCUUUAGAUGUUGGAAGAAUCCUACAAGCAGACAUCAUUUCAAAUGGCCAAAAAGUCUCAGUAAUGACUGCUGGUCCCAUUGAUUCUGCUGCGGGACUUGGAAGUUACAUAGAGACACUUGUGAAAAAAUCAAAUACUGAUUUUAGUGUUACCAUUUCCCAAAUGAAUGGACAAAAUUAUUCAUCGAACUCCGUACAUGUACUUCAUGUUGGAAAGAUGAGAAUGAAGCUUUCAAGAGGGUGGAUUACAAAGGCUAGAGAAAUUUAUUCCGCACCAAUGCAGUUAUGCGGCUACAGAGGUGAAAGUAAUACUGCAGCAAGAUCAUUGUUUUGGCAAGCGAGAAAGGGGCUCUCGUUCACGUUAACAUUUGAAUCAGAGCGGGAUAGGAAUGCAGCUAUUAUGCUUGCCAGAAAAUAUGCUCUUGACUGCAAUGUCAUGCUUGCUGGUCCAGAUGAUCAAGUAUAGAAGCAAAUCUAACUGAUAGUUUUUUUUAAUUACCAGUUGUGAGUAAACUCAGGUUUUGUUACAGUGUGAUUAUUAUUAUGUGUGCAUGUGUGUCUGCAUUGAUAGAGAAAAAAGAUUAAAACAGUUGUAUGCUAUAGUGAUUGGGUGUUUUUCCACUAAUCAUGGUUGUGUUUUAGGCAUUUUUUUUUGGUUUGCCUAAUCAUCCGUUGUAACGAAUCGCCAAUUUAUAAUUGAUUUGUUCUUUGUGGCUGAUUUGCAUA